GAUCCAUACACCCCACGCUAAUCUGUACCACAGCGGAUGAUUGUGGAAUCUAGAGUACGAAUUAACCGGUGUUUCGAUUUUUGAAUGGCUAAACAAAGGAGAGUUUUGGGCCGCUGCGCGCUUCUCGUCUUCGCUUCGUCUGUUUCCGACGGGUCAGUGAUAAAGAGAGCUCCUGCGGUUCUUGUUUUUUAGUGCCAAGAUGAUGGGGUCAUUUCUCACUAGAGUGUUUCUAAUGAUCCUUGGCUAUGUCUAUCCGGCAUAUGAAUGCUAUAAAACUGUGGAAUUGGACGAGCCGGAGAUCGAGCAGCUGCGAUUUUGGUGUCAGUACUGGAUUUUAGUUGCUGUACUGACAGUCUUCGAGAGGGUUGGAGAUACUUUCAUUUCAUGGUUGCCAAUGUACAGCGAAGCAAAGUUGGCAUUCUUUGUGUAUCUCUGGUAUCCUAAAACAAGGGGCACGACAUAUGUCUAUGAGACAUUCUUUCGGCCAUUUAUGUCAAAGCAUGAGACCGAGAUUGAUCGUAGUUUGCUUGAGCUGAGAACGAGGGCUAGUGACAUUAUGAUGCAGUAUUGGCAAAAGGCUUGGAGCUAUGGCCAGACAAGGUUUUUUGAAAUUUUGCAAUAUUUUGCCUCACAAUCACAGGCACCAAGAACUCAACCUGCUCAGCAGCAGCAACGACAUCAAUCACAGCAAAUCUAUCAAGCACAUCCAGCAGCUCCUGCUCUCCAACCAGCAGCCUCUCAGGAACCUCAACGGCCAGACCAAGCACCUCUCAGCCCCAGUAAGAGCCAGCUGCAAGAACAACCCACAAAGGUUGGUGGCCUUUCCCUGGCUGCCUCUGCAGCCAGGCAGCCACAAGCGUCGUCAGUUCCCAGCCCAGGUGCUUCAGGGACUGCCAGCCAUACAGCUCCAAGUAAAGAACCAACACUGGUCGACGCAGCCACCUCUACAUCAAAGGAAGUCUCGAAUCCCCCAGCACAGGAGACUGCCAUGGAGGAGGCAAUCCGCAUGACCCGUGGCAGAUUGAAAAGACGAGCUGCCAUGGUUGUUAGGGUGUGAUUGCUUUUAUUUCUAGCAUAGUUAGGUGCUUUUUGGUGGCAGAGGGCAAAAAGACUGACUGUUAGAAAUCUAAUUGGCUUGAUUGGUAGGAUUUCGAAUUUCACCCACUGUAAAUAAAUGACCUUUGUAAUUGGCUUGAUUGUUAAGUAGCUAGUUCUUAUUAAGAUAACAUUGAUACAGAA